GGUGGUGGGCGGGGCCUCACCCCAGCCUCCGGAGCAGGCUGGCAUAAGCCACGGAGCUAGGCUUGCACCUGCACCGGCCACCUUCCCACUGCCCCCUUCCAGCCCGGGCCUCCGUGCCAUCCUAGCUCUCCCUUUCCGAAGCAGUCAUGCCUGUGACAAAGAGUGCCGAGGGCUCCGGGGAAGCCACCACCCUCACUCUGGACCUUAUGACGUCUCCCAAAAGUACCAAGAAACUGCAGAUCAAGGCUUCCAGUUUCUUGGAUGGGAGUGCUUCAGAUUCCUCGGUUUUGGAGAAGACCAGGGGCAUCACAGCAUUCCAGACCCUGGUUCAUCUGGUGAAGGGCAACAUGGGUACAGGGGUCCUGGGCCUCCCCUUGGCCGUGAAGAACGCAGGCAUCCUGGUCGGCCCGCUCAGCCUGCUGGUGAUGGGUUUCGUCGCCUGCCACUGCAUGCACAUCCUAGUCAGGUGUGCCCAGCGCUUCUGCCACAGGCCGGGGCUGCCGUGGGGACCAAGACGAGCGCCGGGCCUUGCUGCCACAGGGCCCAUUAGUGGCCGCAGUCAGUGCCACAGAGAGGAGUGGGCCUUACCACCCCGUGUGGGGUGCGAGUGGAAGGGGCGCCCGGCGUGGAAGGGGCAGGCGUUCCGCGGGAAGAACCCGCAAAGAGCGAGGAAUUACUUGGAGAAAGCAGGCAGGGGCCUGGCUGACGUCCAGGAAGGAGGAAGUGCGGUGCGAGGCUGCAGAGCACAAGGUAUGAGGGACAGGGCGGGUACAGCAGGACCGGGGAGCCAGGGUGGAGCGGCAUGCGGUGAAACUGAAGAGAGAGCAGGGGCCGAGGGGCCGCGGGGCCCGCACCUACGGCCAGGGCAGCGGCAGAGCAGUCAGUGGCUUUGUUCUUUUCUUGAAAGCAACCAGGAAGCCAGGGGAGUUUUAAUCAGGAAAGUCACCGUGUUUGCGUGGUCGGAAUAUCUGUCCAGCAAGGGGAUGAGAGUGCGAGGGAGAGAAGAAGACGUGCCGGACCGAUGGACCCGGCUGGCCGUGGUGCCCGCGGCGUUGCCCAUGGACUCUGGAAGUGAGGCUGAGGGGCGCCCUGUGGAGCUGUCCGGCAGGUGCACGGAUCUGGACCUCUCCUGGCAGGAGACACAGCUGGGGCAGAAGAGUUUGAGGGAAAGGCUGGCCGCAGCAGAGGGGACCUCGGGCUGGGCCGCGCUCCUCCUGCCUGAGAGGCCCCGUCAGCUCGUGGGGGUGACACUGAGCACAGCCACAGUCUUCGGGUCCCCAAGGCUAGGCCUGCUCCGCCCACCCCUGUUGCCCAUCUCGGUCUCCCGGGCGGCCCACAAUUGCGGUCUACAGGUCAAGCUGCAGCCUUGCUUCGGCUUCUUUGUCACAAGUUUUUCUCUCCUCCUCUCUUCUAGACACGUCGUGAGCGUCUUCCUUGUUGUCACCCAGCUGGGUUUCUGCUGCGUGUACAUAGUGUUUCUGGCUGAUAAUUUAAAACAGGUGGCAGAAGCAGUGAACGGCACGACCAGCAGCUGCCACGAGGGGACGGUGGCGCCGACGCCCGCCGUGGACUCGCGGCUCUACAUGCUCCUGCCUUCCUCUCUCCUUCAGGACAUUCCAGACCCCAGCCGGUUGCCGCUGGCCGCCAGCUGGAAGACCUACCCACUCUUCUUCGGAACGGCCAUCUUCUCAUUCGAAAGCAUAGGCGUGGUUCUGCCUCUGGAAAACAGGAUGAAGGAUGCCCGCUACUUCCCUGCCAUCCUGUCUUUGGGGAUGUCCAUCAUCACUGCCCUGUACAUCGCCAUCGGGGCCCUGGGUUACCUGCGCUUCGGAGACGACGUCAGAGCCAGCAUAACCCUUAACCUGCCCAACUGCUGGCUGUACCAGUCGGUGAAGCUGCUCUACGUCAUCGGCAUCCUGUGCACCUACGCCCUGCAGUUCUACGUCCCGGCGGAGAUCGUGGUUCCCUUUGCCGUGUCCCGGGUGUCGGAGCGUUGGGCCCUGCCUGUGGACCUGUCCGUCCGCCUCGCCAUGGUCUGCCUGACCUGCGUGCUGGCCAUCCUCGUGCCCCGCCUGGACCUGGUCCUCUCCCUGGUGGGCUCCGUGAGCAGCAGCGCCCUGGCCCUCGUCAUCCCGCCGCUCCUGGAGAUCGCCACCUACUCCUCCGAGGGCCUGCGCCCGGUCACCAUCGCCAAGGACGCCCUCAUCAGCCUCCUGGGCUUCGUGGGCUUUGUGACAGGGACUUACCAGGCCCUGAGUGAGCUGACUGAGUCAGAGGCGUCUCUCCCUUCUACCAACUCCACCAUCUUUAACCAGUGAGAACAGGACCACUUCUUAUCCACCAACACCCGGCGAAUAAUGGCGUGGAUCUCUUUUAUAUAUGCUAUCUCUAUGUUGAUGUUUUGCACUUUCUCUGGGCUAAGGCACAGUAAAAUAAGGACUCACCAGCUAGAAGAUCUAAAUGAUGAUUUUUUUAAAACAAAUUUUUGUUGUUGUUGUUGUCUAUUCCUUUUUCUUUCCAUCUCUCGCUUUCCAUUACAUGGAGAACUCCCCCAUGGAAGGUUCUGGAUCCCCUCAGCUGUUCUUUGGUUAUUGAUGAAGAGAGUUUCACACCUUGGGUGGCCUGUACAAGAAGAAGCCACCAGGGGAAUCCAAAUGGCAGCACCUGGCAGAAGGAAGGGAGGGAGGAGGGUGGACCAUGCUUUGCAGACAAUGGGCUUCCCCAUUUCCUGACCGAUAUAAAGACCUAACCCACAAUUGAGCAAGGUGUGCAAAACUCCAGCAUCAAGAUGGAUGGGGCCACAAGGAGCCACGUGAGCUGCAAGUCUCAGACAGAAAGGAGCCACCAUGUCCAAGUUUAGGGCAAUGAAGUUUCCCACCACUGGAUAAAGCAGUAGCUCAGCUCCAAGAUUCUACAGAAGCAGAUGUGUUUGGGGCGCAAAGCAGUAGGUACAGACAUUAUCUGAGUAGACUUUGUCUUGUAGUCCUUAUAACAGUCAUUCUGGAUUACUCCCUACUGUGUGCCGAGCAUAAUACAAAGUCCUUAGAGUAGAUUGGAAAAUUGCCCAUAAAUUCGUCUUCACAAUGUGACCGCACCGCUCCUUCUACCAAGAGGCGAGAUGAAGUCUACAUCUCUGUCCCUCAAAUCUGAUCUUCGCCUUGUAUCUUGCUUUGGCCAAAUGAGACCACAGGAAAUUUUGGAAGAAAAGGUUUGGUGAAGGCUUAUGCAUGGAGAUUUGCAUCUCUCACCGAGAUGCGUCUCUUACUGAGCUGAGACCACCAAGUGAAAAGGCCUGGGCCACCUCACUGUGGAGCCAAGACUAAUCAUCCCACCUGUGCCCUGCAGCCCAGAACACCCAGCUUGCCGACUUCCAGAUGCCCGAGUGAAGCCAUCCGGGACAAUCACCAGCUCCAGUCAGGCGGAACCAAACCAUAGAAUUGUGCAGAAUGGGGCUGGGGGCGAAGCCAAAUGGUACAGGACGUGCUCAGUACGCACAGGGCCAAAACAGGUGUGCAGGUAAAAUGCCUAAAUUGUGGGGAAUAAAAGUGUGGUUUCCAUUCUUAAGAUAUAUUGUAUGCAGAAAAGUUUACGGUUACGUGAUUUUUGCUAAGGAGGAUACACGGAUGAAUGAGAACAGACUCACAAGCAGAGAGUCUUCUGUCCACCAGGGAAGAGGUCUUCUUGCCAUCCUGUCCCUGACAUUCCACCGUCUGGUCUCAUGUCUGACCCUGGCUUGAGUCGGGGGUCAGGUGACCGAAGACACCACGCCAGUCUUUGUGGUGUUGAUUGCUCUCUGCUUCCCCACCCCAUUACUACACCCAGGAAACGCACCCAGCAGAUGAAACAGCAGAGUCCGGCCCAGGUGGGACACGGGGAAGACCAGCUGUGCGAGCUGAAUUACAGGUGGGACAGUGGCUCGUGUUGGCCGUUACCCAGGGCGGGUGAUGCUUCAGAGAACUUAUGACAUCCUAAAUAGUGCCUCAUUGGAAAGGGCGUGGAGCACUGGUGACUCUAGUAGAUGCUGACAGUGGGCUUCCAGAGUCUCCAGAGGAGCGGAGCGAAGAAGAGGACAGAGCAGAGGGGACGUGACAAGCGCAGAGGUGUCUGCGUGCCGGGGAGCACCAGAAGGCCACCAGGGAGACCGCCUUGGUGACCGCCCGAAAUGUUCUUCCCAUGCACGACUGCCCCUUGUCACCAAACGCCAAUUUCUAGCACAGUGUGAGAGAAACUACAUGGCAGCUUGGAUGAAACACUCCUUUGUUUGGAUCAAGGAAGCAUCCAGAUGAUUUAGUAAGAAGCAUAGAUAAAUAUUCAGAGGUAAACUUUUGUUAUAUCGAGUAAACAGAACAAUUCUAGCUGUAAAUGUAAUACCAAGCAUAGGCCUUCGCGGGCCUACCCUGGUCAGUGGUUAGGACAUAUUGUUUAUGUCAGCAGCACGAGAUUAUUGGACAACUAUAGAUCACAGAUAUGCUCCCUCGAAUUCAUCAGAACAAUCCUAUUCCACUUGCCAGGAACUGCAGUAGCUUUAGCUACAUGUAUUUGUCAAGAAGAAACGUUUCUCAAAACUGCACUGUCCGUCUCUGGCUCUUGACCCCCGCCGUGCCACAGCCUGGCAGCUACAAAGAGGAGCUAUCAGUGAGUCUCAGAAAUGACUUCUGGCUCUCACUAAAGAGAUAAACCAACAGAAAAUCAAAAUGGUACUCAUUAAAGAGGGAUCCGCAAGCCGGGCUUGGUGGCUCACGCCUUUAAUCCCAGCACUCGGGAGGCUGAGGCA